AAAAGUGAGGUUGAUGUUAUUAAUUUCAAUUUGAACGGAAAAUCAAAGAUGCAGCGAUAAUUGUAGUGGAGAAAUUAAGGGAUUGUUUCUCUCUCUCUCUCUCUCUAUAUGUGUGUGUGUGUAAGGCAGGCAGGCAGGCAGGCAGCCAUGUUUUGUCCUCACCACUAUCUGACACACUGUUCCCCUCUUUCUCUCUUUCUCUCUCACUCUCUCUGACUAUAUGGCGUAAACUAGAUGGCUGAUAGUGCAAGCAAAGCAAAGCAAAGCAAAGCAAAGAGAGUACCUUUUUGUGUGAGUCAGUCUCUCUUAAUCUAAAACACCUUUCUUGUGCCGUGCCUUCCUCUUUGUCUUCUGCUUUUUCUCCAUUCUCCUCUAUAACCUCUUCUUCUCUUUCUCAUCAUUUCUAAUCUUUCUCUUUUCAUUUUACCCAAACACUAACUAGUAACUACUACUACCAUUUUGGAAUUCAUGAGAAAGAGAAAUACAAAAUAAUACCUACACUGGGAAACUGUGUAGUAUCAUUAAAAACUUCUCUUCUAAUGUUAAUCCUUCCUUCUCUUUUCAUUAGUGCGUCUUAUUUCCUUUUCCCAACAAAAUAGAUUGCUUCUCAUCAUCUAAUUAAAGAAUUACCAAUGGAACCUUCUUCAAGGCAAGAUGGAGGAGGAGAAAAUAUCCCAAUUCCAAUAAACAUUUCAAGUGUUGGUACUGUUAAUGGACAUGGUGGUGCUCACAAUAUGAUUCAUCAUCAUAAUCAACUACACAAUGUUAUAACAUCUUCCACAGUGGCAGUGGCAGUGGCAGUAGCAGCACCUCAUAACAACCCUUGUUCAAAUGGGACAACAGUUGGAGAGGUAGAUGAGUCAAGCUACAAGAAAGUGGAUGUGGUAGUUGUAAGGUACAGAGAAUGCCUAAAGAACCAUGCUGCUGCAAUGGGAGGGAAUGCAACAGAUGGUUGUGGUGAGUUCAUGCCAAAUGGAGAAGAGGGUACCAUAGAAGCACUUAUCUGCUCUGCCUGUCAUUGUCACAGAAACUUUCACAGAAAAGAAGUUGAAGGUGGUGGUGGUGGUAGUAUUACUGAUGACAUGCUGGAUAACUACCACCAUCACCACUCCUCCAACUUCAACUUCAACUUCAACAACAGAAAAUUCAUGUUACCAGCUCUUCCUGACCCUCAUAUUGGUUACCACCCUACUGCUGCUGCUGCUGCAGGUAAUAACAACAGCAACAUUCUUCCUUCUAGAGUUGUACCUCCACAUGUGCAUGGACAUGGCCAUAUCAUCAUGCCUUUCAACUACAACAUACCAUCCCUUCCUUCUGAAUCUGAUGAACAAGAAGAGGGUAGACACACACAGGUACCAGUAGUGAAGAAAAGGUUCAGGACAAAGUUUACACAGGAGCAGAAGGACAAAAUGCUGAGCUUUGCUGAAAAAGUUGGUUGGAAAAUUCAGAAGCAGGAGGAAUCACUGGUGCAACAGUUUUGCCAAGAGAUUGGAGUCAGAAGAAGAGUGCUCAAGGUUUGGAUGCAUAACAAUAAGCACAAUCUUGCCAAAAAAUUACAUACUAAUCUCCCACCAACUACUUCUGCUUAAAUUAUUAAUUACUGCAAAUAUAUAUAUAUUAGUAUUAGUCAUAAGUAAGAAAAAAGGAGUGUUGUUGUUGACUUUCCAAAUCAUGAUUUGUGUUAGACUUGUCUUGCUUUUCAAAGUAACAUUCAUUCUGUUUGUCUGUGUUGUGGUAAUUUAAUUAAUUAGUUUAGGAAUUUGCAUGUUAGAUCAGUUGAGUGAUGUUUCUCUUUUCAUUUCUCAAGGCUCAACAAGCCAUCAUCGUAUUCAUAUUUGGAAUACGGACUCUGACCUGAGUUGCCAUUUGUAUUACUUAUGGAAUGGAAUUUAUGUUACUUACAAAUUAUUAUUCUUA